AACAGCUUUGUGGGAAAGUGGAGGAACCACUUCACUGCCUUUUUAAUGACCUCUUCUUUGUAAAGUUUCCCUUAUCCUUCGAAGUUUCACACAUGGAUGACCUGGCCAGACAAAAGAAGAUUAAAGAGUGUUUUUUUCAAGUGCUACAGGAGGCAGUGAGGGAAACACCACUGAUUUUCCUCAUUGACGAGGCCCAGCAUAUGGAUGCAGCUUCCUGGGAGUUUUUGGGAACUUUACUCUCCAGUGUGCCCAUCAUCAUGGUGAUGACAUUGAUGCCUACCUCCACCCUGUGUGGUGGGGCCCAGCACGUCCUGCAGAGCCCUCAGGCUCUGCUGAAGCCCAUUUCGAAGUUAGCAGCAAACUCACUAUUGAAAAUGGCAUGUUGGGAACUAGGGGCGGUGAGCAUCCCCCAAGAGCUGCAGAUCUACCUUCUUCGCAGGUGCUUGGGAAACCCCCUCUACUGUAAGGUUCUAUGUCGGGACCUUCUCUCUAAGGACAUAUUACUCUUUCAUGACCUACAAAAGGGAGAGGAGGAGAACAGCAAGUGGGAGACCCUCUCAGCCAAUGCCACAAAAUCCACAAUGUAUAGUAUUUCUCCUGCCAGCUCUGAAGAAGACCAGAAAUUUUAUGUCUGCACAGUCAAGGAUGAGGUGAACUUGGACACAGUGCUUCUUCCACCAUUGUUAAAAGGCAAGUUCCUCAAAGAACUCAAAUGA